AUGCAAAAUUCAAACAUUUCAUUAAGACAACGACAAAAACUGGAUAAUAGUCAAACUUCAACCGUGUUAGAAACAACUCCAUUACAGAAACGAUUACAUUAUUAUCAUGAACUUGAUGAAUGGCAACAAGAUAAUCAUUUUAUUAAAUCAGGUUAUGUCAAACAAACUAAUUCCUAUAAAGAAUGUUUUAAAUCAUUAACUUAUCUACAUAAUGAAUCAGUCAAUAUUUAUUCUCAUUUAUUACCUCUGAGUAUAUCAUUUUGGGUUAUAUUAUAUUACAUCAAUUAUAUAUUACCUAAAUAUGAUAAUUAUCUUGGAAUUUGGGAAAAAUUAAAUUUUCUUCAAUUUGGUUUAGCAUGUACAUUUUGUAUGUUUAUGUCAUCGACUUUCCAUUGUAUAAAAGCCCAUUCUCAUCCUGUGUCAAAAUUUGGUAAUCAAUUAGAUUAUUUCGGGAUUGUGAUUCUAAUCACUUGUUCAUUAAUUUCAAUUAUAGUUUUCGCUUAUUAUGAUUAUCCUUGGUAUAGAAAUAUUUUCGUUGCGUUAUCAUUAUUUUUCGGGACAGUAUGUACUGUUUUAACAUUGGAUCAGAAAUUUUCAUCAAACGAAUAUCGUCCAUUUAGAUCAUUUAUGUUUAUACUUUUUGGAUUGUCUGGAGUAUUGCCUAUUGUUAAUUCAAUGUAUAUGUUUGGGUUUGAAAUCACAAGACAAAAAGCAGGUGUUGAAUGGUUGAUUUUAGAAGGAGUAUUUUAUAUUGGUGGAGCAGUAUUAUAUGCUGCUAGAGUUCCUGAAAGAUUCACUCAUGUUGAAGAUGAUGAACAUACAUUAUUAAAUAAUCCACUGAGCGGCAUGUUUGACAUUUUUGGUCAUUCACACCAAAUCUUUCAUGUUAUGGUAGUGAUUGCUGCUUUUUGUCAUUGGAAGGGGUUAGUCCAAUCUUAUCAUUAUUUGCAUUUACACACAUUACCCAAUUUAUAA